AUGAGCUACAAGCAGCCAAAGCGUGCUCCAGUUCAUCGCUCGUACCGCGAGAAGCAACAGGCAAUACGAGCGUGGCGGGAAAUUCAAGGAGGCGACCUGACUAUGAAGCGGUUUUGUGUUCGACGCGGCUUUAAAGUGUCGACAUUUGAAAAGUGGCUCCAGAAUGAAGACAAGAUAAACAAGUUCAGAAGAAGAUCGCGGAAUUGA